AUGGACGCCGAAGAAACAUCAGCUGACGUGGCAGGCACAAGGAAGAGAGAAAGACCAUACAAAGGGAUAAGGAUGAGGAAAUGGGGAAAAUGGGUGGCGGAGAUCCGAGAGCCCAACAAGCGUUCAAGGCUAUGGCUCGGCUCUUACUCUACUCCCGAAGCGGCGGCGCGUGCGUACGACACGGCGGUUUUCUACCUCAGAGGACCCACCGCUAAGCUCAACUUCCCGGAGCUUCUGCCGUGUACCGAGAAAUCCGCAGCCGAGGACAUGUCGGCGGUGAUGAUUAGGAAAAAGGCGACGGAGGUCGGAGCUCAGGUAGACGCGAUCGGGACGGCGGUGCAUAACAACAACCGCCGCCGUGUUUUUGGUCAGAAGAGAGAUUGUGGAGGCGGGUUAUUGGAGCGGGUUGACUUGAACAAGCUACCCGACCCGGAAAAUACGGAUGAUGGUUUGGUGGGAAAAUAG